CUGCUUCCUUCACUAUAAAGGAAAGUGCCAAAUUUGGACAUAAGCCAAUUGCACGUCAGAGUAAAGACCGUAUUUCUUCUGAAUAUGAUAUCAAGCAUCCACAGAAAUUAGCUUAGCGUGAAGGAGACAUCAGUUAGCAGUGUAAGUAAUCACAUUUCAACAUGGGCUCGUCUACUCCUCUGUGAAAACACCAUGGAAGUCAUAGGGGGCAGCGUUUUGCUCGGCAUUAGAAACCAGACUGGAAAAUUGUUCACUCCCCACAGUAUUUAAAGGCGGUGGUGAGGAGAGCUUCCAGACUGCUCAGCUCAGCAGCAGCAUCAUCACACAGAUACAGGCCGUGCAAGGACACCUGGGACAAAUUCAAACAAGCUGCCCCCAGCUGUGAAGAACAUAAUUGCAAUCUUGCAAACAGAAGCACCUGCAAAAUAUUCAGCAGGUCUGAAUGCCCUUCUGGGACGUGGUUGUGUCACGUGUCGCUGUUGUCACUCUUCAUGAGCUCUCAUCUCCACGGAGUGUCUUAAGCAAUGCACUUCAACCGGGAGGUGACUCGACAAAACAGCUGUUAUACGUAUGUGAUAGAAGAUGACGAUCCAGCCCUGGCCAGCCUAAAUAUAUUCGAGUUGGCAGAGAGGGGCGACUUGGCUCUCUUGGAGACCCUGGUGCGGAAGAGCCCCAACAUCCUGAGCGAGAAAGAUGAAUGCGGAGCAAGUCCCCUUCAUCAUGCCGCCGCAGGGGGCCAUGUCACCCUCAUCCAAUUCAUCAUCACUGUCGUAGACUCCGAGGAGCUGAACAGCUCGGAUGAGCAGGGCAGUGUCCCUCUACACUGGGCGGUUGAGAGGAACAAGACAGAGAGCUGCAGGGCUCUUAUGAGCCUGGGGGCUAACCCAAACAUCCUGAACAUGGCCCUCAUGUCCCCCCUACACCUGGCUGUCAACCGUGGGCAUAACAAUCUGGUGGAGCUGCUGCUGUCUUACAAUGCUACAGACAGUAAUCUGGAGGGAGACCUUGGGAACACCCCGGUGAUGCUGGCCUGCUCCGUCAAUAACUGUGAGGCUCUAAAGAUACUGUUAGGACACGGAGCGCGGCUCUGCCAUCAGAACAAGCUCGGUCACUUUCCCAUCCACGCGGCUGCCUUCGCAGGUGCAAAGAGAGCCAUGGAUGUGAUCCUGAAGACGGGAGAGGAGAUUGGCCACUCCGUUACAGCCCACAUCAACUAUUUAGACAAGUCCAAGAGCAGUCCCCUCCAUCUGGCUGUCCGUGGUGGGAAUAUUGAUGUCAUCAGCCUCUGCAUCGCUAGUGGGGCCAAAAUUGACCAGCAACAGAAUGACAGGUCCACACCUCUACAUUUGGCCUGCACUCAGGGCGCCACUGAGGUGGUCAAAGUGAUGCUGUCCUCUAUUGACCACGUGGAAGACAUCAUCAAUCUGACUGACGGGGCAUGUCAGACCCCUCUACACAGGGCUACAGUAUUUGACCACACAGAGCUGGCAGAGUACCUCAUUUCAUUGGGUGCAGACCUGAACAGCACUGACUGUAAAGGAAAUACUCCUCUGCUGCUGGCUACGAGCUGUGGAGCAUGGAAAACAGUUUCUCUGCUGCUGUCAAAAGGGGCAGAUGUAAAUGUCACAGACAGAGGGGGUUGUAACUUCCUUCACCUGGCUAUUCUGCAGCCCAAGGGUCUGAAGAAUCUCCCAGAAGAAAUCCUGCAGCAUAGCAGUGUGAAAGCAUUGCUGAGCUGUGAGGAUAAUGACGGCUGCACCCCACUCCACUACGCUUGCAGACUGGGUAUCCAUGACUCAGUGAAGAACAUGCUGGGCCUCUCAGGGCAACUUGGCCUCACAUACAAGUCUAAGGACAAGAAGUCGGCCUUGCACUUUGCAGCUCAGUAUGGGCGGAUCAAUACCUGUCAGCGAAUACUGGAGUCCAUCACAGACUCCCGUCUGCUAAAUGAAGGCGAUGAGCGAGGCCUGACACCACUUCAUUUGGCCUCGAGAGGGGGACACGCCAAGGUGGUGGAGUUGUUGUUGCGCAAGGGAGCUCUCUUUCACUGCGAUUAUAAGGACUGGACUUGUCUGCAUCAUGCUGCGUCUGAAGGAUACACACAGACUAUGGACAUUAUCCUAUCAGCCAAUCCCAAGUUACUGGAUAAAGCGGAUGAGGAUGGGAACACUGCACUCCACAUCGCAGCGAAAGUGGGACAUGUGGCCGCAGUCAAGAUGAUGUUGUCUCGGGGAGCAAUGGUCCUCUUAAACAAGAAUGACACCUCGUUUCUCCACGAAGCGAUCCACAACGUGAGGAAAGAUGUGGUCAAUGCUGUCAUUGACAGUAACCGUUUUUUAUCUUCCAGAUGUUCCGAGGCUGUGACAUUUUUCCAACCUGGCUCAGGUCAGAAAUGCCCCAUUAUAGAUUUGAUUGAGUUUCUGCCUGAGAGUUACAAGCACCUGUUGGACCACUGCGUUUUGGAAUCGGACGACGACCAAAACAGUCCUGAGUAUCAUAUUGAAUAUGAUUUCAAGUGGCUCCAAUCUCCCAUUUCGUUGAAGAAGGCAGAUCUCAAAUUUGAAUACCAGCCACUGGCUGCACUCAAUGCGAUGGUGACGUACAACCGGCUCGAUCUACUAAACCACCCUGUUUCCAAAAAGUACCUGGCAAUGAAGUGGGAUGCUUAUGGAAGCAAGGCUCAUAUGUUAAACAUGUUUAUCUACCUGUUAGGGCUGCUGCCCCUGACUCACCUGAUGGUGAAUCUACGGCCCACUUUUAACAUCACUGACACAGGCGAGCACAGUAUCGUCAUGAAGCCCGUAUCUUUCAAAGAGGUAGACAUGGAGCAAAGCGUGUUCAUAUCCUUCUGCAUGAUGAUGGUCUUCGUCAUGAACAUCUGUUGCAUUGGGAAGGAGUUGCUGCAGUUCUCGCAGCAGGGUUGGAAUUACUUGAAGGAUUCUAGUAACGGCUCUGACUGGAUGUCAGCCGUCUUCUCUCUGCUGUUCAUCGUCCCUACCAUGCUCAAUGUCAAUGGUUCUUAUCACUGGCAAGCGGGGGCACUGGCAGUUUUAACCUCAUGGGUUGGAUUUCUCCUUUAUCUCCAGAGGUUCGAGGGAAUUGGCAUCUAUGUGGUGAUGUUUGGGGAGAUCCUACGGACACUGUUCCGUGUUGUGUUGCUGUUCCUUUACCUGCUGUUAGCAUUCGCGUUGGCCUUCUAUGCUUUGAUGCUCAACCAGAAAGAGUUUGAAAACUUGCCACUCGCAGUGGUGCAGACCUUUGUGAUGAUGGUCGGAGAAAUGAACUACCAGACCAACUUCCUGGAUCCUUAUCUGCGCAACCAGCUUCCCUUUGGUCCCGUGACUUAUUACAUUUUCAUACAGUUUGUGAUGCUUAUGCCAAUACUGCUCGUCAACCUGAUGAUUGGUUUGGCAGUCGGAGACAUUGCUGAAGUCCAAAGAAAUGCUGCGCUGAAAAGAAUAGCCAUGCAGAUUGACCUUCACACUGCUCUGGAAGAUCGGCUCCCGUACUGGUUCAUGAAACGCGUGGACAAAGCCUCCGUAACAGUCUACCCCAAUCGCAAGUGCUCAAAGCACUUUAUCAUGCAGUUGUUUUCGGGCAAGGAGGAAGCAGAUCAAAUCUGGGGUCAUGUCAAGGCUAAAUCACAAAGCUGCACUAUGAUAGAGAAUGAGCUCAAGAAGCAGAAGAACAGGAUGAAAGAGAUGUCAGGCGUCCUGGAGAAGCAGCACAGCCUCCUGAAGCUCAUCAUCCAGAAGAUGGAGAUCACCUCGGAGGCUGAUGAGUAUGACGGCCCCACGAACGUCAGCAGCAGGUGGCAGAGUCCAAUCCAGGCUAAGUCGAGAGGACACGGUGUGUCUCGGUGGGUCCCGCUGAUGAAAGCCAUAGAGAACAAAAGGAAAUAAAGAGGAUAAAGCAACCGUAUGACCUUACAACGUGAAAUAUCACCACAUCACAUCGAUAUUAUGUAAUCAUGGUGUAUUUGCAUGGCUGAUUCAGAAUCUCAUUGUAAUCAAGUGCCCUUAUUUACAUAUAGUUAAGUAGUUAUUGUGUGGUUUUAGGGAAGUGAAGUUUGAGCAGGUGAUAUUGCUGCAUGGAGUUUAAGCCUUGAAGGAAUACUUUUGCAUUUAGCUUUGUAUUACUAGAAUAUUGGUAGUGUCACUGGUGGGCA